AUGCCGCUCUUUCGGCAGCAGCUUCGGCCCUGUGCGCAUGCUGCGCAUGGCAAGGGUGCUCAUACCUUUUACCUCAUCUCUGACCUUUAUGGCCAACCAGGUAGUCGCGUGGCUUGCCCUGCCCCCAAGCCCGUGUUCAUCCACGAGUGGACACCACCCUCAAUCAUGGCGGUCAUUCGUUCUGCGUGCAUCCUCAUUCCUUUAGAGGAGCAGUCGUUGUUGGUUCCGCUGGCAGAGCAACUGGAAGCUCGCUCCUACGGCGAGGCGUUGAAGUUGCAAAUGCGGCAGGGCAAGGGUGGCCCACAGCGCGUCCACAUCAAGACGUUGUGCCAGCCAGGAUUGGUCACGGCCAUCGGCCCAUUGGACGAGCAGCUCUUGGACCAGUGUCUUUUCAGCCUUGAACACCUGGCCAGCGCACCCGUGAUUGUCAUUGUCUUGAGCCAUGUCGGCUUUGCAGCGCUGCAGUCAGCCCAUCUAGAGCCCAGUCCGCUGGCGGCCGAGCUGGCGCUUGCCGUCCAGCUCUUUCGGGACAAGGUUGUUGCGCUAGAUUCGUCAGAGAUACCCCCUCUUCCCUCCGACUUUGUGUACAGCGAGGACUGCACCCCACUUGAGGGGGUGCAGCUCGGGGUGCUGGAAACCAUGAGCGAGUUUCAACAAGUGCUCUUCGAUCGCAAGUGUGGAGUCCUGACUGACCGCCCCUCAUCCUCCACAGCGGACGAUGCCCCCAAACAAGAUGAUCGUGCCGAAGCCAUUGCCACUGAAGUGGAGCGCGUUGUGCGCAAGAUGCAUGCGCAGUUGCGCGACGUGGGCGUCAAGGCCCACCAACAGAUUCUGAAGCGUUUACGGCGCGUCAAGCGUGGCAUACGCCCGCGCACUUUUAUCAACUACCUCCCCUCUUUGGACCCCUCUUUCAAGUGCAAGAGCCGGGCUCGGCUGCAUCACGACUUUUUCCUCUCCUAUCGGCAACAAGCCCAUGGUGACUUUGCGCCCGAGGUAGCAGCUUGCAUCGAUAAUAUGCGACGGGACGAUGGCGUGCUCAAGGGGGAUUUUCAUUGUUUCCUCGAUCAGCGAUGCUUGGAGACGGGCCAGCCCUGGCGCAGCGGCUUUCUCAAUGUGAUUCGCGCCUGUAACAUUAUUGCUAUUUUGGUGUCGCCGUUGACCCUGGAUCGGAUGCGCACGGCCGAUGAGUUUACCGACAACGUGCUGCUGGAGUGGGAAACGGCGCUUGAUAUGCUGGGCAACAAGUUGUGUAAGCUGAUGGUCUUUUGCCUCGACGACCCGGGACGGCCUUUUAUAAUGCCCGCCUUUGACGCCUUUCCCGAUCAGCCCACCCCACUGCCCGACGACCUUGUCAUGAAAGGAGACAGGCAUAGUGUCGUGCCCCGCCGCACCAUCCGCCAGGUGGUGCGGGGCGUGUUGUCCGUUGCCCAGCGUCACGUUGUCCGCCCGGACCCCGCCAGCGACAUGCCACAAGUGGAGGCGGCAGCAUUGGCGGCGCCCGCGGAUACCCAACCGACGACGCUGGACCGCAAGCGCACCGAGUUGCGGCGAUAUACCCAGACCGACAAGGCGGCGCAUGACAUUGCCUCACUCAUGUAUGAACAGUUUCAGACACACUAUGCCACCACGGCCCAUCUCAAGGCCAUGACGUCGGCCUUUGAACAAGUCUGGGAUGGGGCGCGCGAGGCUGCCCGGCAAAGCUUGGAGGCCAUGUCCACUAAGUUCUCUUCUCUGUCUGUGUGCCCCUCCUUUGAAAGAGAGAAAGAGAGAGAGAGAGAGAAGAAUGUCGCG